AUGUCGGAAAAGCGCCAACACCAUGACGGCAGCAGCGGCCGCGCCUUUACCGUCGACCAAAAGGCCGCCGUCGUCCGCGUUCGUAAAUGCAGUCCGACAGCUUUCUACGACAUCCUCGGCCUCGAGGCCACAAAAACAUCAGCAACAGAAUCAGACAUCAAAAAAGCAUAUCGCAAACUCAGUCUCCUCACACAUCCGGACAAGAAUGGCUAUGAUGGCGCAGACGAGGCUUUCAAGAUGGUCGCUCGUGCGUUUGCUGUGCUGAGUGAUGCGGACAAGAAGGCCAAGUUCGAUCGCUUUGGAGGUGAUCCGGAUAGCAGGUUCCAGGGUGCAAGUUCCAGCUCGGCGAGUCCCUUUUCUGGGGGUGGUGGUGCUACGAGGAGGGGACAGGCUGGUGGUAUGUUUGAUGAUGAGAUUAGCCCUGAAGAUCUGUUCCGUCAGUUCUUUGGCGGCGGCGGUAUGGGUGGUGGUGGUUUCGGCGGUAUGGGAGGUGGUCCCUUUGGCGGCGGACUUUUCGACGGCCCGGGCUUCGUCUUCAAUAUGGGAGGAGGUCCCGGUGUGCGUGUUCACCAGUUCGGCGGCGGCGCACCACGACGACGACCUCAACCACCCAGAGACCCAAACGCUCCACCACCCUCAAUCCUCCAAUCGCUACAAUCUCUCCUCCCGCUACUCCUCCUCUUCAUCUUCCCCCUUCUCUCUGGCCUCUUCUCCGGCGCUACGCCCUCGGGCCCCUCGGUCCGCUUCGAGUCCGUAUCUCCCUUCACGCAACAAAAGAUCUCCAACUACAACCACCAAAUCCCCUACUACGUCGACCCACGCGAAGUCUCGGAUCUCACGGCGCGGAAAUGGAGAGACUUGGACAAGAGGGCGGAAACCAUUUACGUGCAGCAAUUAUCGAAUGAGUGCGAAUUGCAACAACAAAGGAGGACGCAAAUGUAUCAGCAGGCUCAGGGUUUCUUCUUUACAGAUCAGGACAAGAUGCAAGAGGCCAGAAGGAUGGAAAUGCCUUCUUGCAAGAAGUUGAAUAAAUUGGGCUACAGGACUGGAUGA